AUUUUAGCUCCUGUGUGGAAUAGCGCAUGAGCACAUUUGUCCGCAGGCGUAUUUUUCACCCACACAGUGUUAGCGGGGCUCGGCCCACUCGAACUGAUUCACAAAAACCUCCGCGUUCAUCUUCAGCAGCCAGCCUCAGCCCCUCCUCCUCUUCCUCCUCCUCCUCCCCUCCGCCCCCUCCCUGCCACCGCGGAGCAGCUUUGACACAUCUGCUCGGCUGGUUUCAGCACCUUGGACAGCGACCUUUCCGAUAGGCUCGAGCCUGUCGGCGGCCAAUGGCCUUAGCGGCGCGGCUGCGACAGUGACGGCCAGCAGCAGCAGCAUCCCGGGAGCAGCCAAUCAGAGGGCGCCGUUUCUUCUCCACAUCCAACCCGAAUAACUGCAGAUGCCCGCAUCAAAGCAACGGGUCUCCCUCUCUCUCUCACUCUAUCUGAGGGUAUACGCUGCUUUCCAAUUUUAGGAAUUUAUACUGGCCACCCUUUUCUCCACCUUUCUUUUCUUUUCUUUUCUUUUUUUGAGUGGUAGGCUUUGUGCCGAUGCGUUAUUGUCAGAGGGAGGUUUUCCAAGCUUUGAGCGUCGUUCUAGGACAUCAACAGCCCUGAAUGUAGAGAUUUUCCUCUCUCAAUGGAAGACAUCUUCCCACUCGCUGCGAGCAUAGGACUGAAGCACAUUUCACUUCUGCCCGCAGCUGCAUCUCAAAGCGAGGGACUUUUUCUAAAUGAAAAAUUGAAGAAAAAAGGAGAAUCUCAUUGGGGAUCGAACCUGUAGGCCUGUAGCGCCAGGGACUGUACAUUAAAAGGGAGCUGAUCCGCUUUCACGCCCAGAUCAGCUCUUGUUGGCGGUGUGGAAAUCGAGCAGAGGGGCUGCGAACGUUUUCACAUUUUGACCGCAGUAGCCCAGCAGGAAGGGGGGUCAAGGUGUGAUUUAUGGAUUCCCCAAGACGAGCCGAUUGAACACAAGGCUUGACUUCCACCAGAAGUGAGACCCCCUCAGAGCUCUUAGUCUCGACCAAUCAAAGAGCUUUACGUCACUUCUCCUUCCUCUUUUUCUCUGUACCACCACUAACCCCUGCACAGGCAUCAUGGGUACGGUGCUUUCGCUGUCUCCCAGCUACCGCAAGGCGGUACUGUUUGAGGAUGGCCCAGCCACCGUGGGCCAUUACACAGCGGUCCAGAACAGCAAGAACGCUAAAGAUGCUGCCACAGCAGCCGGAAAGUCCCUCAAACGACCCUCUAUUAUAAAUGUGUUACCAUGGAAACGCAUUGUGGCCGUCUCAGCAAAGAGGAAGGGGUCAAAGAAGCUGCAGUCAGAAGUUGGGGACGGUGGGAAAGGAAGUUCUCCUGAUGGCCAAGCCAAUGCCACGGCUAACUCGGCUUCCAACAGUAUGAAGCUGAAGAAGUCUCAGUCCUGUGCUAAUCUUUCAUCUUACUCAUCGAGCCAGGAUCCCUCAGCCACCACCACCACUACCUCCUCCCACCUGCCCACCUCCAAGACCCUUGCCAAUGUAGUUACUGUCGCUGCCAAAAAGAAUUCUCUCACAGGCUCUGGGAUUCAGCCGUCGACUGCAGCUGGCACCCCAAAGCGUGUGAUCGUCCAGGCCUCAACCAGCGAAUUGAUGCGCAGCCUGGGUGAGUUCCUGUGCCGUAGGUGUUACCGUCUGAAGCGUCUCUCCCCGACAGAUCCGGUGCUGUGGCUGCGCAGCGUGGACCGCUCCCUCCUCCUUCAGGGCUGGCAGGAUCAGGGCUUCAUCACUCCGGCCAACGUGGUCUUCCUCUACAUGCUGUGCCGCGACGUGGUAUCGUCCGAAGUGGCCUCGGAGCGUGAGCUGCAAGCCUCGCUGCUCACCUGCCUGUACCUGUCGUACUCCUACAUGGGCAACGAGAUCUCCUACCCGCUGAAGCCCUUCCUGGUGGAGGCCGAGAAGGAGGCCUUCUGGGACCGCUGCCUGGAGAUCAUCAACCGUAUGAGUGGCAAAAUGCUGCAGAUCAACACCGACCCGCAUUACUUCACCCAGGUGUUUGCUGACCUAAAGAAUGAGAGCAAGAAAGAGGAGGAGAAAACCAAACUCCUCAUAGGCCUCGACCGAUAAGAGGGAGCUGGGAGGGGGGAAAGAUGGAUGUAUAGAAAGAUUGAUGAAGUAAACAGGUCGAGGUAGGGUGGACGAAUGUGUUGCAGUGUUGGGAUAAUUGAAGCAGGACUGUUGUCUGGCAUCUCUACUGGUUUAUCUUUGACUACAUUUCUGGCAUUAAUCACAGUGUUUCAAUCUUUUAUUCGGACAAUGAGCCACAAAAACACAAACAGGCUCUUUGCUGAUCUUUAGUGUCAGGCCGACUGUCCAGCAGGUCACUUUGACUACAAGAAAGCAGACUAAAUCAGGGUUAUUGCUGCAUUAUUUGACAUAAUUGGAUCUGAUUAGAUUCACAAGACUUUCAGGCUACUUGUUGGUAUCCAACACCUGGGUCACUCUGCUCAGGAUGUCACAAUAACAAGCUUUAAGGCAGUAAUAUGAUUUGUUUUUCACAACACAGACAAGGGAAGCCUCAUUUUAUCAUUUAUAUCACUUGCAGUGUCGCUGAUGUGACAAUAACCGGCUGUGAGGGACAGGUAUUUAUCAUUUUCAUCUUCUGCCUCAAGUCCACCAGCCUGACCUGUACCUUGUUUUAAUUAGAUAAGAAGUGAUUGAUCUAAAGUCUUCUUCCGUCCUUUGAUGAAGUAUGAAUGGGGUUAGAAAUGCCAGACAACACAGAUUCACUUCUAGAGGUUAAAUAUAUGAAAUGUAAUGAUACACAAUACUGAUAUGAUGAUACUGCGUGUAAAGGCUUUUCUACUUGUAAGAAAUGUGAGGGUAAAGAAAAACAAGAAGCACCUUG